UUCGUCACCAUCUUCAAUCUACGUGCGUCUGUGACUCUCAGCCUUGAUCGCCAGGCACGACUUUUACGAGUACGUCUGGUCUGUGAGCCACCACCCCAAGUACAAUAUUUCUAUCUACACCCUCUCUUGGUACGUGUAUCCUCUCCUUCACUACACGCCACUAAUACUUCACAGACAUCAAGACACUCCACUCUAGGGUGUCGUGGACUUUCCAUCAUUCAUCAUUCCACCCUCACCUCUAGUCCGCGCGUUCUUUGGCGACCUCGCAGUCGUCAAUGAACCUGCCUCACCUCGACUCAUAAUUCCUCUUCCUUCCGCCUCUUCAAUUUGAAGAGAACUCUUUCCGCUAAAUGCCUUUCAAGCCUUUCGCACAUCUCGCCCGUGUUAGCCUUGCAAAGGGAAUCGCCCAUACCUACGCUCCUUCCGUUGUUGCUGCUGGUCAGUCUCUCGGUCAAUUUCAAAAUUAUCCCGUCGCCAAAUUCACAAAGACCGCCCAACUCCAACAAGUCUUCUCUGGUCCUUCAGGUUCUGGAGCAGGAGCAAAAGCUGGCCAUGGCUCUCAGUCAGGAAGUGAUGCUGGUUUAGCUCAAUAUUAUGCCGCGUGGCAACAUGCACAACAGACCGGCGAUGAUUCGGACUGGAAACGACACGAGUUCGCCCGUACUAUCGGCUGGAAACAUGAGGACCGCCUGCUUUCCUCAAAGCAUGCUUCUCAACGAGCCACCGAUAGCCUUGUUUCAGUCUCGAGAUUGACAGCAUCCCGUGUCAACAGCGAUCGCCUGCUGCCACAAACCGAAGAUGUUAACGAUGCUUUGGCUGAGGCCGAGGCUCUAGCCAAGGUCGAUGAGGCAAUCGCUCAAGAGAUCCAGGAUGUCAAGGCUUCGGCCGCAGUUGAGGAAAACACAUCUCAUGAAGACGAGGUAGGAACGCCUGCACCUAGCACUCGCAUCUCCACGCCCGUCCCUCAAGAAACAGAAGCAGCCCAGACCGAGUCUUCCAGCUCCUCGCAGCAACUUGUCACGCCACCUACCGAGGUGACAUCUGUUGCUUCUGACGAGUCACUUCUUUCAGAACAGAUUGUCGAGUUGGGCCAACAGCAGCGAUACACCGAAAUCCCUGCUAUUUUCGAGGCGAUAAUCAAGGAAGGCCUGGUGCCGACCAUUGAUGCCUAUAAUCAUAUCCUGUUGUCGGCCAUUCGACUCAGCCGUUCAUACCAACCAUGGCCCCGAGCUCUCGAGGUCUAUGGAGACAUGACCAAACGUGCCGUUGAAUUGAAUGCGACUACUUAUUAUAUUCUCCUUCACUUCCUGGUAGGACGAAGCCUCGAGGCAUACCAAGUUCAAAAGACCCUGGGUGGUCGUGCCACUCGCUAUGGCAGCGAGGGUGCUCUGGUCCUGCCCUCGGCAACGAGCCAGCUUCAGUUGUAUUCUGCAGAUACAUCACUCACUUUUGCCACCAAGCUCUACAACAUUGCGCGGGGUACUCUCGACGAUUUCCGCCUUCCAGCACCAUUGUACAAUGCUCUUGUCAAGGCUUGCGCCCAAAAUGGCCUUGUUGAUGCUAUGAACAUUCUUCUUGCCGAUAUGGAGUCUCACCAAAUUGCACUCGACACCCGAUUGUACACAGCUGUCAUCGAUGCUCAGGCUUCCAAGCAAGACAUCCAUGCCGCCCAAUCCCUAUACGAGCAAUACCGAGAUCUCGCCAUCAGCCGGUCUGCUAAUGAUCCUCUGGACAUGCAAGUCUAUGCUUCUUUGAUCAAGGCUUAUUAUGCCUGUGGACUUGCUGACACGGGCAUUCGAUUCUACGAAAAGAUUUUGCAGUCCUUCAAGGGAUCUUCCAACGAGCAGGUGCUCUCGGAGCAUUUGACCUCAGCCUUCAUUCUAAAUGGGGUUGUACAACACCAUAUCGACAACAAGGAAUUUUCUUCUGCGAUGGCGAGCGUCAAAGGCUACGCCCUUGAACCGACUGUUCGUGACCAGGCCUUCUCCACAAUCGCUGUGGCUGCUGCUGAUGCCGAUGUUGCAACUGAUGCUUUGUCGGCUUACGAAGCAGUCAAUGUCAACAACUUGAACAGUGAGACAGUCAUGGCUCUUGUGUCGAUGCACGUUAGGGGCAGAAAUGUCUCUGCGGCGAUCGAGGCAUGGACCAAGGCACGAUCAUUGCCCUUGAUCCCAACAACAGACUUCGCCACUAUGUACCCUCUCACUCUGAUUGGCAAUGGUUUGGUCGAGGAGGGCAUUGCUGAGGCACGUGAGAUGUUUCAACGCAUUCGCUCGUCAUGUGCCACACCAGCCAGCAGUCAUUUAGCUGGUGCAGAGAUUGAUGAAGCCAUCGUCCUUUUCGGCGAAGCCCUGUCUAAGCAGCAGGCUAUCGUCUCGGCUCCCACCAGCGUUUCGCUUUUGCGAGCCAUGAUCGAAAACGGCGGACUGGUCUCUCCCGUUGCACAGCAUGCCAUUGCGAGCCUUGGUCCUGAUUGCGUCCAUCAACUCAAUGCUCAAGAUAUUGCGUUGGCCCUUCAUGUGCAGGCACAGAUGUUGGCUACCGGCGGUUCGGCAGACAUUGCCCAUCAUGCCCGCUUUUCUCACCUCUUGGAAACUGUUCUCAACCGAGCCAUUCUCAUGGAUCCAUCGACUGUGCACAUUGUCACACAGAGCCUGCCAAAACUUGCUGAUACCCGUCCCGACCUAAUCCAGCGUUGGCAAGAGUUUGUCCACCCGAGCCCACCUGCUUCGGUCCAUGUUCAAGCUCAGUCACCGCAUACCCCUCAUUCAGUGGCCGCCGACACGAUUGCGCCAGCAGACACAUUUGACCCGUAUGCACACAAUACGGAUUAUCGAGCUUCCAAGGCCAUCUCAGAUCUAGUUGAAAGCACCACUGGUCGCCUCGAGAACCACAUCAGCGACAGUCUCGGUAGAUUGAGAAAUGUUCGCCGCGCCGGCCGACAUUUGCACUAUUCUGGAUAUGCCAAACUGAUCACUGCUGCUGGUAAAGCCAAGCAAGCCAACCAGGUUCACGAAAUCCUCAGCAUGGCACAUGCAGAUGUGCCCAUGGCGCUUCAAAUCCCCUCUGUUCGAUCUGGUUGGAUCUCGAUCCUUGACGCCAUGGUGGCAGCUUGUUUGACUGUGGGCCAACGUGAACAAGCCACCAAGUUCCACCAAGAUCUCCUGGAGAUGGGUGCGGCGCCGUCAGCAAACACCUUUGGUAUCUACAUCACCACCCUAGAAGGAACUUUUGAUGAGGCGACUGAAGCCGUCAAGAUCUUCCAGCGUGCUUUGUCUGAAGGCGUCACUCCCAGUGUCUUCUUGUACAAUGCUGUGAUUGGCAAACUUGGAAAGGCUCGACGCAUCGACGAUUGCCUGCGAUACUUUGGCGACAUGGAAGGUCGUGGUAUUCGUCCCUCGUCUGUCACUUACGGUACCCUUGUGAACGCUCUGUGCCGUACAAGCGAGGAACGGUUCGCUGUGGAUAUGUUUGACGAGAUGGAAGCAGCGCCCAAUUACAGACCUCGACCAGCACCGUAUAACUCGAUCAUCCAAUACUUCCUCAACACCAAACGCGACCGAACCAAGGUCUUGGAGUAUUACGAGCGAAUGAAGUCCAAGUCGAUCAAGCCAACCUCUCACACCUACAAACUCUUGAUCGAAGCAUAUGCUUCGCUCGAGCCUGUCAAUCUUGGUGCUGCAGAAAGCUUGCUCACGGAAAUGAGGCAAAUCGGUAUCCAACCUGAGGCUGUUCACUACGGAUCUUUGAUUCAUGCCAAAGGCUGUGUGCUUCACGAUAUGGAGGGAGCCAGGGCACUUUUCGAAUCGGUUGUUACAGAAGGCGCGAUUCGGCCAACAGACACUCUAUACCAGAACUUGCUCGAGUCGAUGGUUGCCAACCACGAGGUUGCCAGAACACCCGAGGUGGUCGAGGAUAUGAAGCGUCAUGGGAUCUCGAUGACUCCGUACAUUGCCAAUACUCUGAUUCAUGGAUGGACUAGCGAAGGCAAUAUUGCCAACGCCAAGUCAGUCUACGACAGCAUUGGAAUGGCGAAGCGAGAGCCCAGUACAUACGAAGCCAUGACACGAGCCUUCUUGUCCGGCGAAGACCGGAUUGAGGCGAAUGCUGUGGUGCAAGAGAUGAUGCGAAAGGGGUAUCCUUCUGCGGUGACGGAGAAGGUACUUGCUUUGAUUGGAGGCAUCACGGUUUAAGGUGGUGGAGUGAAUUUCCUGACUCGAGCGUGGCCAAUUCUGGCUUGCCUCGAGGCAAAUUUGUUUCUUUUGUUCAUGACGAUACCCAGUUUUAUGUGAGCAGCAUUGACGCUGACUCGUACGGCCUCGGCGUUGAUUUAGUGGGUGAGUGAUCUGUGGAGUAUCGAUCGCGACGUUGGAUGAAACGUCAAACAGCGGUCUGGGAUCACAUCAGAGACGAGGCAUCACGCGGAAGAUGGUGGGAUUCUAGCCGGGCGCUGGACAACGCUUUGUGAGAUUUCUGGGCGGAGCAUUGGAUGCAUGUACCAACAGAACACAAAAGCUACACUCUACUCGACACUAUAUAGAAGAUCUAGGGGGGUCUAGAUACAGAGAUCUUGGAAAAAAGAUCUCGGCCGGGUCCAGGUCGUGGACUGGCCAGACAGUUGGCUAGAGGUACAGCCGACUGACUUUACGAGGAGGAUGGAGAAUUCAACUCCUAUAGUAUAGUUGAAACCCCCCAAUAUAAUGCAUCUUUGGAAAUAA